CGACUACGGCUGGCUAUAUUUAUAUACGGACAGAUUGUCACACGGCGUUAUUACGAGAUAAGUAAUUGCAAUAAAACGAACGCGACAGUGCGACGAUCAGGCCUCGUUAGUGCGAUAUUUUGUCGAGGUGCAAGAUACUUGCGGUGGAAAAUUGGGGGCAAUCGUAGGACUUCUUCCAUUUCCAACAUUUCGAUUGUUGCUACAAGCCAGAUUUCGUGAAAUUAUUCUUGGUGUGAAAGCAGUCUUCAGUGGCCGGUGGUGCUUUAGUGUUUACUCGAGAUGGAGGAUGCGCAAGAAGAGUUGCAAUUUGUGGUGGACGAUGUAAGCAACAUUAUCAAGGAAGCGAUUGAAGUGUCAAUAGGUGGCAAUACGUAUCAGCAUAACAAAGUUAAUCAAUGGACUUCGAACGUGGUAGAGGCGUGCUUGGGCAAUCUUACAAAAUUACAGAAGGCUUACAAAUAUAUCGUGACUUGUACAAUCAUGCAGAAAAACGGUGCUGGACUUCAUACCGCGAGUUCAUGUUACUGGGAUAACGCUACCGAUGGCAGCUGCACGGUGCGCUGGGAGAAUAAAACCAUGUACUGCAUUGUAUCUGUUUUUGGACUGGCCUUAUAAAUUUAUCUGUCUGCGAAACAAAAUCCUGCGCUUGAAAAGAUUUCAAUAAUUUGGCAAUUAUAAGAUAGUGCCAUUUUCAAAAAUAAAACGUUCCGUUCUACCAGUUAUUUGACAAAACUUGGUAUUUUUGCACAAGCUACAGAAAUUAGAGAAAUAGAGGGGCACAAAUGAUUGUGCUGCUUAAAGGUAGUUACGCAAUGCAAUGAAUAAUAUAUGUGAUAUAAAUGAAAUCGAGUAUAUAUACACAAAAUAGGGAGAUUCUGCUAAGAUAUAUUAACUUUUCUUAUAUUUACUUUUACGAAAAAUGAUAUUCUUUCUAUCUAUAUUGUAACUUGUGUGAAAAAUAAAGGCGAGAUAUCGAUCAUUCUUAUAUUAUUACACAAGAAAAUUUUGUGCACGUUACGUAAAAUAAGGUACCUAUAUCUAGAUUCAGCACAUGAUCUAAAGUAUAUAGGUACCUGGUUGUUAGACAAUAGAAAGAAAUAUAAACCAUCAGCAAUUUGCGCAGGUGUUAGUUUAUACAAUGCAGGAGAGUUUGGACGUAUUUUAUAUUCAAUUUGAAUUUUACAUCUGAAAAUAUUGUAGGUGUAUUCAAUGCUUACAUUAAUUAUGGCUAGUAAUUUGUAUUAUUCUAGAAAUAUCUUAUUUUUACCUUAUAAAAUAAGCAGUUUCAGCAGUUUCUGGUGACUGUAUGCGAAAUGGACGUCCAAGAGAUUUGUCUCGAGAUACUUGACUGUCAAAAUCUUCAAUUUCAAAAUCUAAUUGUAAAUGUGUUCCAUCGAUGUCUGUGACCCUUGAUGUAUCAAGUUCUAGGUUAUCUAAAGUCUAAUUAUUCGAUAACAUAUAUUAUUAACCAGUCAAUAUUUUUGAUCGAUAUAUAAAAAGUGUCUACUUAAUGUUUCGAUCUAUAAGGUCAUCUUUAGUGCGGUAUAAUAAAAACCGUCAUUUAUAAACAGAGAUGAAAAUAUCUAGUCAGAUUAUAAAAUUUGCAAAUCUUGUAAUCGUUUAUAUGGAAUUAAUGUGUCUGCAUUAGGCCUUUUUGUAGAGUCUCUUGAUGUGCCAUUAAAAGUGGUGGGUCUGGCUUCUUUGGUAAUGAUGUUAAAGUAAUGAUAAAGUGUAGUCUGGUAAAAACGUUAAAUCAAUCUUAAAGAGAGUUUGUAAAAUACAUGUGUGUCAAACCAUUGUUAAAAAGUAAGUCAAUUCGAUCCAUCACGGUAAUGGCACAUCAAGAAACUCUACAAAAAAGUCUAAACCAGAUACUUUCGUAUUAAUUACAUAUAGAUGAUAUACAAAUUUUACGAAUUUUUUAAUUUAAUUAAAUGUCAUUAACUUAUUCUAUAAGUCUUUGUUACAACGCCCUAAAGAUGACUUUAUUACAAGUCAAAACGUUUGUCACAUAUUAUUUAUUUAAAUUUAUAGUAUAUUUUUAGCACAUACACCUGGCGUGAUACGUUAGCCCCUCUUAUCUUCUUUGUUUUUAAUUCUUUGAACUUUAAUCUUCUAUUACAUAUUUUUUAAUUUCCGCAUUUAUUUGAUUAUUAUAAGUGGCACGUGUAAUCGAUACCGAUUUAGAUUUGGUUGUGGAUUUUAAUGAAAAAGUAAUUAAAGGAAAAGCGAUUUUAACAAUAGAAAUAAGGACACCUUUAAAUAAGAAUAUAUAGUAAAUUUGUACAUUAUUUAUUUAAAAUAAUAUAUUCUUAGCAUGUACACCUGUCUUGGUUUGCUAGCUCCUAAUGUAAUAAGUACAUGACAGAAAAUGAUAUAUCAAAAUGGGGAAAUCAUUAUAGUAAUUGCGUGUGAGAUUUGUAAAAUGCAAGCAAUUCUUGGAUCAUUGUGUUAAAUACAAUAUAUUUCAUGCAUUUAAGAAGAUGCGCAGAAUGUUGUCAGUUAAUUAAAAUUGUGAAGAAAUAAUCUAAUUUUUAAAAGUGUAAGUUACUAAAGAGCUAAGGAUAUGUGUGCAGCAGUUUCGUCUUUUAAAUAUUUUAAUAAAUUCCGUAAAUAAUAAAAAAAAAAGUAAAUUUAAACUUUACACAUGCUUACGUAGCUAAGUAAAUAAUUGAAAUACCAUAGUAUCGCAAAAAAGUGUAGAUCAUUAGAACGCCUUGCAGUAUCCAUUUUAUGAGAGUCGCGUUACGAGUUUUUUGAAAUCACUUGCGAUAUAGUAAUCUUCAUGUCUAAACUGGCUGCAGUAUUGGUUCUAACUUCUACCACUUUCUUUGUUUGGCAACAUAUUCUGUUUAUUAGAAUGUCGGAUGUCAGAGUCAAAGUGACUGUGAUUUCUCUCGCUUAAAUAUAUUCGAAUUAAAUAAAUUUAGUAAAUCACACUGUAA